CUCCUAUCAGGAUGCCGACCGGAUCGAGCCUCCGGUCCAGUGAAAGGUCCCAAACUCGGCCCGGGCCGUGGGGGCCACACCUCCACUCCAACUAUAUAAACUUGUGCACCACCCAAGCUUAGCCAGAAACCUAGAACGAUCAAACAUGGCAUUCAAAUUGUUCGUCUUCGCCGCUUUCGUCGCUGUAGCCCGUGCUGGCGCUCCCUUGGGUUACGCUGCCGCCCCAGCCUACGGCUACGCUGCUGCUGCUCCCGCUUACGGCUACGCUGCCCCUGCUGUCCAUGCCGCUCCCGCCAUUUCCUACGCCGCUCCCGCUUAUGCCAAAGUAGCCGCCCCUGCCAUCUCCUACGCCGCUCCCAUUGCCAAAGCUGUAGCCCCUGUGGCUUACGCCGCUCCCGUAGCUAAAGCUGUCGUAGCUGAACCCUAUGCCCCAGCCCACUACGACUUCGGAUACGCCGUCAGCGACCCCCACACUGGUGACAGCAAGAGCCAACAAGAAUCCCGUCGUGGAGAUGUUGUCCAAGGCUCUUACUCCUUGGUCGACCCUGAUGGUACCAAACGUACCGUCGAAUACACCGCUGAUCCUCACAACGGUUUCAACGCUGUUGUCCACAGAGAAGGUCUCGCUGUUAAGGCUGUAGCCCCCGUCGCUAAAGUCGCUGCCCCCGUCGCUUAUGCUGCUCCCGCUGUAGCUAAAGUCGCCGCUCCUGUAGCCUAUGCCGCCCCUGUGGCCCACACUUACGCCGCCCCUGUGGCUCACACCUACGCUGCCCCUGUGGCUCACACCUACGCUGCCCCUGUGGCUCACGCUUACGCCGCUCCAGCUGUAGCCAAAUACGCCGCCCCAGCUGUAGCUUAUGCCGCUCCAGCUGUAGCUAAAUACGCUGCCGCCCCCGCCAUUUCUUACGCCGCUCACGCUCCAGCUUACUACCAUUAAGUGGUAUCGUGAGUGUGCGAUUGAAUGUCUGUUCAGAUUUGUUGAUCGUUGCUUGUGAAUAUGUAUUUAUUUUUGUAGAUAGGUCCAAAAGGGCCCCAAUAAAUAUUUUUACUUUAAAGUCA